AUGACCAUGAGCACCCAAGCAGCAGCGGCCAAAAUUCCAGUGGUAGAUUUCUCUAUGGACGGCAUGAAGCCCGGGACAAGUUCUUGGCUCUCAAUACGCGACGACGUUUGCCAUGCACUUGAAGAGCUUGGCUGUUUCAUAGCAAUCCUGCCCGACAAACUUCCUUUGGAGGAGCUUCACAACUCCUUCGUUGGUGCAUUGAAAGAGUUGUUAGAUUUCCCCAUGGACGUCAAAGUGCGAGACAAAAAAGGGGCCUAUUUAUCUAUCAAUCCUCCCCAUGAAGGAUUGGGGGCGCUUAAUAACACCUCUAAAGAAAUUCAGAAGUUCACUCGUUAUUUUUGGCCUAAUGGAAACGAUCUUUUUUGCUGUCGUUUGUUGAACAUUGAUAACAUUUGA